AUGACGUCUUUCAUAGGCGCGCUUCCUUUCCCCGGCAACUACGCCACCGCUGCGAUGGGCGUAUUCUGGGAUAUCCAGGAAUGCGGGAUGGUUGAGUUUUAUGAUAUUCCGGCCGAGGAACGCAAUGCUGCGGUGGUUGUGCAGAGGAUCAGAAAGACUAUUGCGGAUUCUGGCCAUAGUGGUCCGCUCUUUAUCAGCGCUUACGGUGAUAUGACUCCUCACGACUUCUCCUCCUCGGGAAUCAAGCUCAAUCACUUUCCUGCAGGAGAGAAAUAUGCGAGAGAGACGAAGAUUUUGGAGGACAUUGUAUCGUGGGCAGCUGAGAAUCCCGAACCAUCAACUUUGAUGCUCAUCGCCGGAGACGUCGUCCCCAAUGACAUUCUGAUGGCGGUUAAACUUUUGCAAACGAAGAAGAAAUACAAGCUGAUGUAUAUACACCCACACCACCCAACGGUUGUGGUUCUGGUUGCUUCAACCUCUGGUAGAGACUAA